AUGUCUGAUUGGGAUACUAAUAUUGUCAUUGGUUCUAAGGCCAGAGCUGGUGGUUCCGGUCCAAGAGCUAACGUUGCUAGAACUCAAGGUCAAAUUAACGCUGCAAGAAGACAGGGGUUAGUUUUGUCAGUGGACAAGAAGUACGGUGGUAGUAAUGCCAAGGGUAACAACGAGGGUCAACGAUUGACUAAGAUUGAUAGAGAAACUGAUAUUGUUAAGUUGCAAAAGCUGGAUCCAGCUGUCGGUAGAGCUAUUUCAAAGGCUAGAACUGAGAAAAAAAUGUCACAAAAGGAUUUAGCUACGAAGAUAAAUGAAAAACCAACUGUUAUCAACGACUAUGAAGCCGCCAGAGCUCAACCAAACCAACAGGUUUUGGGUAAAUUAGAAAGAGUUUUGGGUGUCAAAUUGAGAGGUAAAGAUAUUGGUGCUGCAUUAGGUGGUCCAAAGAAGAAGUAG